AUGAGGACAGCCAGGCGUGCCAGCACCAUGGAGGUGCCCUCCUUCCUCCGACAGCUGGUGAAGGAGACCGAGAAGAUGGUGACCUUUCUCUUCAAGGGUGAACGAAGGGUAGAUUACGACUUUGAAAAUGAAGAGGACAUUCCCAGUGCGUACCUUGAACGGCCAAUUCUGGUGAAGGACACGGAAGAGGGGGGAUCAAAAUGGGGGGUUAACUAUGCCAUGGCCAGUGUGCAGGGCUGGCGUGUCCAUAUGGAGGACGCCCACACCUGCAUGCCGGAGAUGGCUGUAGGAUAUCCAGACUGGAGCUAUUUCGCUGUGUUUGAUGGACAUGCUGGAAGAACCGUUGCACAGUACUGCUCCAAACAUCUGCUAGAUUUCAUUCUGGAUACAGGCUGUGUGACGGCAGAUGAGGACCCAGAGCAGGUCAAAGAUGGCAUCAGGGAUGGUUUCCUUGCCAUCGACCGACACAUGCAGACCCUGGCCCGUAACCACAGCUGGGACCACAGCGGAUCAACGGCUACAGCCGUCAUGAUCUCUCCUCAAAACAUCUACUUCAUCAACUGCGGAGAUUCGCGAACCUUCCUUUGCCGUGACGGCCAGGUGGUGUUCUACACAGAGGACCACAAACCCUGCAAUCCCAGAGAGAAAGAGCGCAUCCAGAACGCCGGCGGAUCUGUCACCCUGCAGCGCAUCAACGGCUCUCUGGCCGUGUCCAGAGGGCUUGGAGACUACGAUUUUAAGGAGGUGGAAUGGAAGGCCCAGACGGAACAGUUGGUGUCACCUGAACCAGAGGUGUAUGAGCUGAGGCGGACACCCGAAGAUGAGUUCUUGGUGGUGGCUUGUGAUGGUGUCUGGGAUGCUGUGGGAAACGAGGAGCUGUGUGCAUUUGUGCGUAACCGCCUACAGGUGUGCGACGAUCUCAGAGACAUCUGCUCGCAGGUCAUUGAUCUCUGCCUCUACAAGGGAAGCUUAGACAACAUCAGCAUCAACAUUGUCUGUUUCAACGGCGCCCCCAAAGUGACAUCAGAGGCACUGCAGCGUGAGGCAGAGGUAGAGCAAAUCAUUGACCAGAAAGUGGAAGAGAUCAUUCAGAAGAUCAGGGCUAAAGAUGAAGACCCCGACCUGCUUUAUGUAAUGAAGUUCCUGGCAUCUGAAAACAUACCGGGUCUUCCACCAGGUGGCGGAAUUACAAGCAAGAAAGAUUGCAUAAUUGCUGCAUAUAAAAAAUAUGCAUCAUCCUUUAGAUCUCUUGAGUCAAUGGAGAUUGUCGGAUCUGAGGAUUCAAACUGA